AACACCCAGUUUCAUAGUUUCCCAUAGACCGUAGUAGUCACAGGUCUCACAGACAUCCCAAAAUCCAAUUCCCCUUUUUCUCUCUCUUCUGCAACACUCUCUCAACUCUUCUGAGUUUGCGGCACUCUAAAUCUUUGAAAUCCCAAUUCAUCCUUUUCAGCUUGUUCAAUUCUAUUCAUUUCUCAAAUUUUCUACAUCUUCAAAUCUAUCUCUUUUGAUUUUUUUUGUUUUUGUUUUUGUGUGAAUUUUUAAUCAAUCGAAUUCUUCGCCUUGCCAUUGUUCUUGCCUUUCUUUCUUUUGGGCGAAUAAGAGUAGAGAGCCCCAAGAUUCUUGCCUUUCUUCUAGUAUCAUUUUUUUCCUCCCCAAAUUUUGUUUUCUUCUGCUCUUCAUUUUCCUGUCCAAAUUUGAUUUUCUGUGUUCUGUAGAAUAAAUCCGAAGUUUGCAUUUCUUUUUGAAAUAAUUCAUUAGACCGUUGUCGAUUCUUUUUUGUAAAAGUCGAACAUUUAUUGAUGUUCGAAUUUCAUGUCUUCCUUCAGUUUCGAGGGGUUUUUAGGUUUUCUGGUUCAUGAAUUCAAUUGAACAAGAGGGAGAAAAAGAGUGUGUGUAAGCCAAUAAAUUGAGGAACUUUCAUCCGAAUAGAUCGAAAUUUGGGGCAAAUUUUAUUAAAUUUUUACUGCCAACUGCCAACUGCCAAGAAACUCAAGUUUGCUGGGAUGAACAGUGUUUUCAGUGAACAGAUAUUAGCUGACAAGCUGUCCAAGCUCAAUAGUACUCAACAAUGUAUAGAGACGCUGUCACACUGGUGUAUAUUUCACCGAAGCAAGGCAGAAGUGGUUGUAACAACGUGGAAUCAACAAUUCAACAGUUCUGAAAUUGCGCAGAAAGUCCCCCUUUUAUAUCUUGCCAAUGAUAUACUGCAGAACAGCAAACGUAAUGGAAAUGAGUUUGUUAUUGAGUUCUGGAAGGUACUUCCUGCGGCUCUCAAGGAUGUCAGUAACAUGGGUGAUGAGCAAGGAAAGAAGGCCGUCUCUAGACUGGUUAAAAUAUGGGAUGAAAGAAAAGUUUUUGGAACCAAGGCACAGAACCUGAUGGAUAUAAUGCUUGGAGAUGAGGCUCUUCCCCCCCUUGAGUUUAACAAGAAGCGAUCACGCACAGUGAAGAUUAUGAGAAGGGAUUCACGUUCCAUAAGGACGAAAUUAUCUAUUGGUGGCCCAGCGGAGAAAAUUGUAACAGCUUUCCAUAUGGUGCUUAAUGAGCAUCUCACAGAAGAAUCAGAGAUGAAUAGAUGCAAGUCUGCAGUUAACCGUGUGAGGAAGAUGGAUCAUGAUGUAGAAAUAGCCUGUACUCAAGCAAAGGAUCCAAAGCGGAAGACGUUUGCCAAAGGAUUGGAGGAGGAAGAGGCUAUUUUGAAAGAGUGUGUGGAGAAACUGAAAUCAGUUGAAGCAAAUAGAGCAGUGCUUGUUGCUCAGUUAAGAGAAGCAUUGCAAGAACAGGAAUCUGAAUUGGAGAAUGUUCGUACGCAAAUGCAGGUUGCACAAGCACAAGCGGAGGAGGCUAACAACAUGAGAAAGCGACUCAAUGAUGAAAAUUAUGUUGCAAUUCCAAAUGCCAAUGCGGGAAAAUCCAAAAAGACUGCUGCUGACAUUGCAGCUGAGGUUGCUGACAAACUCACAGCUUCUAGUUCCUCUCAGUUGAUCAUGACUUCUGUUCUGUCAACAUUUGCAGCUGAAGAGGCUAAGAAGAAAGUUGGGCUUGCUAAACCAAACUCAGUUUCAAAUUCUUAUCCACCCUCACAGUCUGUUAGUUCGGCCUCCAAUUCAAUGCCAAAGUUGGAGCAGCCCUCGUCAGUUUCACUGCCAGCUGCUGCUCCUCCUCCUCCUCCUAAUCAAUAUCAAUCAAUGUUGGUAAAUCAGCAAAACUUGCAAAAUAUGAGCUCAAAUCCUCAGAAUCAGUAUCAGUUUCUUUCGAACACGAGUUCUCAACAGUAUGCACAAACACCAAGAGGGAUCAGUGCAUAUGGUUAUGGGGGUCUUCCUCCACCAGGUCCGCCACCACCUCAUGUAAUGCAUCAGAUGAUGCCUACACAAAUGCAAAUGAAUCAACAGCAGUUGAUGCCAAUGGUGCAACAAUCAGCUCCAUUGUCACAGCAUCAGCAAUCGAUGCUAUUGAUGCAGCAGCAGCAGCAGCAGCAGCAGCAGCAACCACCAGCCCCGCCAAGUUUCCGUCCGCUUCAACCUCCUGGUAUGUUGUAUUUUACACAAUCCCACCAGCUUCAAUGAUGGUUUCUGUUGAGGCAUUCAAAUGUUGUUCACUCUGCCCCCAUCCUGAAAGGGGGGGCAUCAGAGUAGGAAGCUAAAAGGUAGAGCGAUGCAAUGUGUAAUUACUGAUUGAGCCUGUAUUAGGUUUUCUGUCCCAAUAGUUUGCUAAUUUCUAACUGUAAUCAGUGUUAUAUUGUCAGUAGUGUUCAUGUAUUAGUAGUUUAGUACACACAAUCAGGUUUAAUAGUUCCAUUGCUAUUCAAUGGAUAUAAAGAGAAUUUUUGUUAGCACCAAACUUAGGUUUACAUAUCUGACGCUGGAAAUUUCUCUCAAGCCAAAAGAGCUGACAAUUUUUUUACCAUUAUUUGAAAAAGUAAGUUAUUUUACUCUUCACCCAA